AUGUUGAUUAAUUGUCAGUUAAAUCUUUAUGACACCAAGUGGAAAUUAAGAAAUUCAUCAUCGAUAUUUCCUUUGCAAUUCGAUUGCUUACAUUAUUUAGUACUCGACGAUAUCGUGAUCUAUGACGAUACAUUAAAUCAACCUCGUCAAACAAUUGUUUACUGUCAACAUCCAAGAGAUGAAAAUGAUUUUUCUCCGAUACUCAGUUUAGAUAAUAUACAAGGAAAAAAGUUCGCAUUUAACGAAUUGCGAUCAUUGAAUACUACUAUUCAACAAUUACUCUCAUGGUUAGCACCAAUCGAUCUUAUCGAGCGUUAUCAAAUUUUUCUUGCUAAUGAUAAUAGUCAAUUAAUAUCAGAAGAAUUUGAUUUAUUUUAUAAUUGCAAUCCACCAUGGACGUGUUAUGAAUAUUUAACUUGUACUCGAGAUAACUCACCAAUGAGUCUCGACUGGCGUGAAAUAUGUGAUGGAAAUAUUGAUUGUAUUGAUGAAGAAUCUCUUGAAGAAGUUUUUCGUUUCGUUUUGGAAAUGAAUGAAUGUGAUGAUAAAAAUGAAUAUCGUUGUCAUCAAGGACAAUGUAUUCCAAAAAGUCUAUUUGAAGAUGAUCAUCUUAAUCCUGAUUGUCUCGAUCGUUCAGAUGAAGUUGCUAUACAAACGAAUAAAAAUUUUUGUCAUCAAGAUCCAUCAUUUCGAUGUGAAGAACAAUCAUGUCGAGUUGGUCAAGGAGAAUUUUCAUGUGGAGAUGGACAAUGUAUUAACGAAUUUGAACGUUGUAAAAAUGGUCGACAUCUCGCAUACUUUGAAUCAGUAGUAAAAAUGUCAGAAAUUCCCAUUCCCUAUCAGAAAUGUUUAGAAGUUAUGCUUUUUUUAACAAAAGCACUUGGCUUCUAUCAAGAUCUGUGUGAUACUGAAGUUUUGCCUGAAUUCAAUGGAAUGUUGAAUGAUGUUCUCCGUCAGAUUUGUCCAAAGACAGUUCAAUUGCCACAGUUACCGUUACUCUUUGGACACGUUCGUCUUAUUUACACUAACAGUCAACCUUAUUUCGACCCUAGUCGUGUAUGA